AUAACGGGCUUAGUCCUUCGCAGCCCUCCAGGAACGCCUGGCUAAUUCGAUUUUGUUGUCAGAAACUGAAAAACGUCAGAAAAAAAAAAUAACGUUCUGACAUGUAAGGAUUUACUUUUGAUAUAUUUUUGCAGUCGUAGAUCACCUCAAUGUAUCAGGCAGGGUUUAAGGAGACCGAGAGCCUGCUUGAAAAAGCAAUAAGCCAAGGACACAAAAUUCUAAACUUGAGCCACCGAGAACUAACCGUUAUCCCAGACUCUUUGAAGAAGUUAAAACACGUUCAGAUUUUACUUCUCAACGAUAAUCAAAUUAUAAUGCCGCCUGUGGAACUUGUCUACCUCUCAAGACUUCGGGAGCUUUGUCUGGACCAUAACCAAUUGACUCUUUUGCCGAGUGGGUUUGGCCGCUUAACCAACUUGAAAGUUCUUUGUCUGAGUCACAAUAACCUUGGGUACUUGGCGUCAGAAAUAUGCGAACUGGUACAACUGGAGGAAUUGUGGAUAAUUAACACACAGCUAAUGGCUCUCCCUGCAGAUAUUUGUAGGUUGAAAUUACUGAAGAAACUUAGUGCUGGAAAAAAUAUGAUAACAUCAUUGCCUGACAAAAUCUCGGGGUUGGUUUCCUUACAGUGGUUGAGUCUGAGAGAAAACCAUCUUUCUUCGUUGCCAUCGGAGUUCUUUAAACUUCCCAAACUUGCCCAUUUGGAUCUUAAUAUGAACAAGUUUGAGGAAUUCCCUGAAAACUUAAUUGGACUUGUUUCUCUGGAAUGUUUGAGUUUGCGGGGAAAUUGUAUUAAGUCUUUAGCAGACAACUGUGUCGAAGGUUUACCAAAACUCUGUAAGGUGGACAUAAGGGACAAUCAGGUUACUUUGUUGCCAAGGCAACUUGAGAAGCUAAGGAUUUUUGUGACUGCACAAAGCCAUGAAUGUGGUGAUCCUCAUCAAGAAGACAAUGGACUAGAAGUAAAUGUUAGAAAAAAGCUACGCCAAUGGACAAAAUGACUCUGAACUUUAUAAUACAGAAACAUGGGAUAUGUUUAUGUUUAUAAAUAUAUAUAUUUAUAUUUAUAUAUAAAACCAUUUCUACCAAAAAAACAUAAUUUACGAUAGUAAAGUUAAGUGUUGUGCCCAUUUUUUGUGAUGAAGGACAAUAACAGCAACAAUCAAUUUAGAAAUGAUACAGAAAAAUUUCCUGUGAUUCAAUGCUCCAUUCUAAGCCACUCCUAGCCAACAAUAUGCUUUUUGAUUUAGUGAUUUAGUAAAUGAAUGCCAACAAUAUGAGUAAAAGGAAAAGAGUGAUGGAGAAGAGUGAUUUUAAUGUUAUUACAGUUAUCUAAAAAACAGUCAAAACUCUCCAGGUUUUUUAAAUAUUUUUUUUUUAAAUAGAAUGUAUAGGAAAUAAAAUCUUAAAUAGUUAAUUCUUAAUAAUUAUUAUUUAGUAACUAUUUUAGACAAAAAUUAAUGUUUUAACAAGACUGGUUCACAUCAGGCAGUUGGAAAGAGUAAUUUAGGGUUCGGAACAUGUUGUACCUUCUCACAAACAUUAAAAGUACAUAAAUAAACCAAGUAGAUCAUUUGCA